GCGUCACACGUCACAGGAUCCAUGAUCGAGUGACUCAGUCGUGCACACAACAAACACAAACCUUUGUGAGAACGAGCGAGAACCAAGCACCAACGUUGUCAAUUUGCGAUGUCCCCAUGCACGGCAAUAGCAACUGAACUUGCUUGGCUUGGGCUCGGCCAGGUUGCGCUAUUAAUAGUCUAAUGUCUCCUGUUCUGUCUUACCACUCAUAAGCCCAACAACAAAGGGCCAUCCCCAAGUCAAGCCACUUCAGCGAGUUUCUGGAGGUACCGGUACCGGUAGACACCAAGUUCAGCAAUGGAAACGCCCCACAGCACUCAACCAUCCUCGGGAUCGACCUACAUCAAUAAGCUUCUUGAGGAAGCCAAGGACCAGUUCAAGACAUCCUGGCCAACCCUUUGUGCACUUGUCCUGUAUCGCUUCCCAUGGUUGAUUUCUUUGGCUUUUGUGGGGGCCAUUGGUUCAGAUGAGUUGGCUGCAGCUGCCCUUGCCACCACCCUCUGCAAUGUAACCGGCAUGAGUUUAUCAGUUGGGCUGAGCAGUGCUUUGACCACUUUAACGGGACAAGCAAGGGGAGACUUGUUAGAACGCCAUAAACGACAGAACCAGCCCACAGAUCCAUCGCAAACGCCGUUGUUGAAAGCCAGCAAUUCACCCAAUGCAUCAACCCAACAUCGGUAUGAAUCCUGUCGAGUCCCAAGUGGAGAUGACGAAGAUUUUACUUCUGCAUCACCCAGGAAUGACUUCCUUCUGCCAAUGGUGUUUCUAUACCGUGGGCUCUUUGUGCAACUGCUAUUGGUCGUUCCUGUGGGCAUGUGGUGGUUAUCGGGAAUUCAUGAUGUUUUGGAAUCAUUGGGCCAGAAUGAGACCAUCGCUACCAUGACGGCAUCAUACCUGAAAGUCCUCGCACCCGGACUUUGGGCGUACUCGAUAAAUUGGACAAUCACCUCGUGGUUGCAGGCUAUCGAAAUGGCGGACGUGCCGGCAUAUGCUGCGGGGGCGGGGCUUGCCCUCCAUAUUCCUUUCAACUACUUUUUCAUCUAUGUUUUGAGGUGGGGCUACCUAGGCGUUGCCGUUGCAACGACUACAUCUCAGCUCAUACAACCUCUGGGAACUCUUAUAUACCUCUUUGGAUUUUCCGUCGGAAGGUCUCGAGUGCUACAACACACAGUUGCAAGUGCAGUUGGAAGGAAUUGCAUAUCAUCAGGCUUCCGGGUGGAUAUCAAAAUGGGAAUCACAUCAUAUGCUGGAAUGAAGACAUAUCUUGGCUUGGCCAUUCCUGGUAUCAUUACCAUAUCGGAAUGGUGGGCAAGUGAAAUUGCUAUUUUCUUGGCUGGACGGUUGCACCCAAAUCCGGCGGUUGCCUUGGGCGGAAUGACACUAUAUCAAUCAAUCAACAGUUUCUGUUUCAUGUUCCCAUUGGCGUCCAGCAUUGCAGGAUCGGCAAGAGUAGGAAAGUUUCUUGGAGCCAACGAGCCAGAACGUGCCGGUAUUGCGGCAAAGGUGAGCGUGUACAGCGCCAUGUUGGUCAGCGGAAUCAUUGGAUGUAUCCUAUACAUUGUCCCGCAUGAGUUUUUUCCCUCUUUGUUUACGCACGAUGGGCCUGUAGUGGCGGAAACAAGUCGGACGAUUCCAUUGCUCGCCACGUAUGUGUUUGCUGAUGGCCUUCAAGUAGCUCUCAAUGGUAUUAUCAAAGGAUGCGGCCGCCAAUGCGUGACCAUGCCUAUUGUAAUUACUGCGUAUUGGGUGUUUGGGGUGCCAGUAUCGUACUACUUGGCGUUCCGUGUGUGCGGGGGUGAGAUGAGUGAUGACAUGUUUUGUGGAGUGGUGGGUUUGGUGUCUGGAUUAACGCUUGGAACUUGGCUCCACAUGGGAAUGCUUGCAAUGGUCGUGAUUGCCACCACGAAUUGGCAGGCUGAAGCCUUCAAGGCAAAGCAAAGACUCGUGCAUGCUGAUGAAUCUAGAAUGGAUCUAACCUAGCUACCACUUUUAACUGCAGUAGUGCGAGGGAGUGUUGUGGCCUGUGGCUGCAUGUUUGUACUACCAAAGGGCUGGCCACUGCUCUAAGGUACAUGUAGCUAUCAAGAAACGAAGCAGUAAGUGAGAGUGUUAAAUACAUAUUGACACCCAGCUACAGAAAUCUGGCUCAGCGCGAAGUGCGAAGCCAUUGGAAGUGUGUUCACAGCUCCCAGCUUUUUUGUUCUAGGUAGAAGACCUUUUUUGGGGGGAUCUUCUGAGCUCAACCUCUACUCGGAUGCUUCUGGUAUCAACUUAACUAGUGUGAGCGAGUGCUGCUGGGUAGCUACCAUACAGCUGUAGCUACGUUCAACUGCAGCAGAGAGAACCAUCUCACAAUCCCAACAGUUCCUCCCAGAAAGCUCAGGAGUCAGGAGCGGACGCAACCGCGAAUGGCCAGAUGAUGGUUGGAUUUUCGAACACAUCCGGCUCGUCCAAUUACAUGUAGUGCACUGUCUCCGCGAUCACCACUACCUAGCUAUCUAGGUAGAAGACUUUUGAAUGCCUUCGCACCAACCAGGUGUGUGGAUUGUGUCUGGCAUGCAUACAUGCAACUACGCGCAGAUUGCUUGCCCACCCCAGUUCUUCCAUCCUCGUCUUGGUCUGCCCCCUCCUUUCGCAUCAAACUGAAAGGCAGAGUCGGAAUGCUUGUCUGGGAUGGUGGCUGUGAGCAGCGCACACACCGAAAGAUAAAAUUGCACCUCUACCAACGUGCGCCAACGCCAGGAUAGCCAUUGACCAUACAGUAGUUCGUUACCUAGAGCAGCGCUGAUACCUGGAUCGGUGCCAUAGUACCGUUCUGCCCUAUUAGUACCUAGUACCGUUACUGCAAGUACCAUCUAGCAAGGCACACCGCCACUUGCAGGCCACACCGUAGCAGCCAUGUUUGUCAGUAGAGCGAUCCCACCACCUACAACUGACCAUCUUGCAAUCAAUGGUUGGCCUGAGGCUUGAGGAUCCAACGGGUGCACUUCGUAAAUGGCCAUUUUGUGGGUUGGUGUGUGUGUCUCUGUCUGUCCCUGCAGCAGUCCCUUGCUUCUACGGUACGCCACGCCACCGGUUUCCCAACCCACUUGCAAAGGGUUUCUCUGCCGAAGAGCUUUUUGCUUUUUGUGCCUGGUGGUCCAAGCAAGGACGAAUGAAAGGGAGCAUAGAGCAUAGAGACUAUUAAAAAGGUGGCUGUGGUAUUCAUAUCAUAUGGUACCACAACAUAUUACCCUUUAUCUACAAACAUCGUCACUCACCGGUUUCCUCUGAACAUUUUCAUUGGAGAGGUGGGGACAGCACACCCACUGGUUCUACUAAGUACCAUAGUGUACCAUCGCAGUUUUGCAGCCACGCAAUGCCAGAAUAUCCUUUGGGCCCGUUCCUAGAGCGUUCUGGAAUUGAUUCAUGAGUAGCACAAUAGGAUUACAGUACAAAAACUAUUGACCUCAAAAGGAUUGGAAUGGUACGGGACUCGAAACAAUGAUCUUUGGAAGCCUGUCAAUACUCGGCACUUAGAGGUCCUGAGUGGUAGCUAGUCCUUUGGGACGGUAGAAGGCGACAACGCAGGAAUUCUACUGUAAGAAGCCUGAGUCGUCGCAGGAAGCCCAGAGCUGGGAAAAUAGUGAGAAUCCUUUCGA